GAAAGGAGGUUGAGUAAAGCCCCCAAAGGACACGUGGGACAAACGCUCUGACGCGCAUUAGUUCGUUGCUUUCUUCAGAGAGGAAAGGCACCCAAUAGACUUCGUUCUCUGAGUGUCCAGCAGUACAUAUUGGGGACAGGGAUUUUGGAGACCAAGUUGCAGAGAAAUCAACUGAUUCGGUCWAAAUUUUCUUCCACAUCUGCUUUGAGGAAUGCUGCUCUAAUACGCGUCAAACCAGACCAUAUCGUUCCAGUUACCCGGACAAUCUGCAGCGACUAAAAUCGAGCAUUUUUUUUUAUUUGCAAAGUGACAUAAAGCAAUAUAAAUCGUAGGAUUAAAAACACAGACUUCGCUCAGAUUUCAAGAAGUCAGAACUCUGGUUUAAGAUACUGUUCGCGGAUUCAAUUAAACGAAAACUUAAGGAUAAAAUCUUACAUCUGACUAUUUUCUCGGAGUUGAACCCCUAAAACGUUGAAUCCCUAAAACGCAGGCGGCGUGCAGCAGUUUCAGCACCUAGUCGAGGCCCAGGUUGCGAGGUUAACGAUGUCGGGGGUCGCUUGUUUGGUUGCGUGUUUUGGGAAAUGAUUACUGGCAACAUCGACGGUAAAAUAAUGGUUAGAAGAUGGCUUGUGACGUUCAAACCUUUCAGGAUAUUUGUGGUGGGGAUCGGCUUCUUCAGCCUGUGUUUUCUAAUGACCUCCCUGGGGGGCCAGUUCUCAGCCAAGAGGCUUGGGGACUCCCCCUUCACCAUCCGGACAGAAGUGAUGGGGGGAGUGGAGUCUCGUGGGGUGCUAAGGAAGAUCAGUGACAUGCUGGAGGUGAUCCUGAAGAGGAUGGACAGCCUCUCCAAACUGGACAACAGCACCACCAGCGACACCCGCCGUCUGGAUGAACUCAGCUCGGCCAUCAACAGGUACGKUCUGGAUGAACUCAGCUCGGCCAUCAACAGGUACGGGGAGGUUCCGGGUGGGCGUCUAGCAUCGGUGGCGGCUCCGGUGCGGGGCGAAGUACCCACUCCACUCGUGGAUUCGCCAGCAUCGGUGGCGGCUCUGGUGCGGGACUUUGCCUCCGCCCAGACCAUGGGUCCGGCCGUGGAGCCGGGAGGUUCCGUUUACCGUCGGAAAAAAACGUCUCAGGAGGUCCGUACCGCUGCGACCGCUCUCCAGGACGGUUACCGGACCGAUGGGACCGUCUCAGGAGGUUCCGGACCGGGACCGUCUCACGGAGAUUUCCGGACCGUGGACCGUCGCUGA